CAGGCACGCCAUAGCACGUUGACGGAGUGGGGGAGGACGUCCCGUGACGUGCCCUCUACGUGUGCUUUAUCAGGCGUCUUCGCGCACGGCUGCUUCCCUGUUCUCUCUGCUCCCGCGAGGUGGCCAUUUGCCUGCCGCUUUUACUUUUUAAUUUUUAGGACUCGAACUCAUUGCCAUGUCCUCUGAAGAAGGGAAGCUGUUCAUUGGAGGGCUUAACUUCAACACCGAUGAGCAAGCGCUGGAAGACCACUUCAGCAGCUUCGGGCCUAUUUCUGAGGUGGUCGUUGUCAAGGACCGGGAGACUCAGCGAUCCCGGGGUUUUGGCUUCAUCACCUUCACAAACCCAGAGCACGCCUCUGACGCCAUGAGAGCCAUGAAUGGAGAGUCCCUGGAUGGUCGGCAGAUCCGCGUGGACCACGCAGGCAAGUCUGCCCGGGGAACCAGAGGGGGUGCCUUUGGGGCCCAUGGGCGUGGUCGCAGCUACUCCAGAGGUGGUGGGGACCAGGGCUAUGGGAGCAGCAGGUAUGACUCUCGACCUGGAGGAUAUGGAUACGGAUAUGGACGGUCCCGGGACUACGGUGGCAGCUCACGUGCUUUUCCCCAGAAGCCAGGGUGGUUACGAACGCUACUCAGGAGGAAACUACAGGGACAAUUAUGACAACUGAGAUGCAGUGUGUGCCCAUACCGUAGAGCCGAUCCAGGAGGAAGGAAACUUGGGAAAGAUCCGGUAGGCAAGUGAGCAUGGACUACCAAAAGGAUGGAGACCUCAAGUUUAAGGUUUAUUUUACUUGAAAGAGUUAAGAGGCAGAGACAGAUCUACCAUCCACUGGUUCACUCCCCAAAUGGCAGCAGCAGUUGGAGCUGGGCAGAUCAGAAGCCAGGAGCCUUCUGCCAAGUCUCCCACAUGGAUGCAGGGGCCCAAGCACUUGGGCCAUUCUCAGGUGCAUCAGUGAGCUGGAUCAUGAGUGGAGCAGUGGGGGCUCACACAAGGCUGCUGGUGCCAGAAGUGGCGGCACUGAUAUGCCUGGGAAAGCAGCAGAAGAUGGCCUGAGCGUGUGGGCCCCUGCUGCCCACGUGGAAGACCCAGAUGGAGUCUGGCGCAGCCAUUUGGGGAGCGAACCAGCAGAUGGAAGACUGUCUCUCUAACUCUGCCUUGCAAAUAAAUCUUUUCUUAAAAAAAGUGUAUACUUCCAAAUACAUAAGACUUACAAUGUCUUAAAAAUUCUUGACACUGUUCUGAAUAGACAUUUCUAAUAUACCAUUGAAGAGUCCUUUAAGUUCUUGCAUCCUUUUACUCAUACUGAAGGCUGGAAAACCAGCAUGUGGGUUAAACUGUAAAGUAAAAAGUCAGCAGGUCCAUCCUACCAAGAAAACAUUUGGCAAAAAGGAAAGCAAGAGUAGCAGAGGGGUUUAGGGACAGGAAUCCCCACAUCAACUUGUGCUAUCCAGAGGUCAUGCGACCUGGUUACUUUGGAUGCUGGUUUGAACGCUACAAUACCUGAAGUGCACAGUGCACAAGACAAUUUUUGCUACUUUACCAAAUGUUUUUGGGGCUGGUAUGGGCCCGGUUAGAGUCCUGGCUGCUGCACUUCCAAUCUGGCUCCUUACUAAUGUGCUUGGGCCCCUGCACCCACGUGGGAGAACUGCAAAAAGCUUCUGGCUCAUGGUUUCAGCCCGCCCAGCUGUGGCCAUUUGGGGAGUAAACCAGCAGAUGGGAGAUUCAUUCUCCUUUCUCUUUCAAAUAAAUAUUUUAAACAGCCACUUUGCUGGGACAUGUGGGGGUCCCCAGAUGGAUUUACUCCAAGGUGUAAGAAAUGAAUCCAGGGGUCGGUGCUGUGGCAUAGCAGGUAAGGCCAUUGCCUGCAGUACUGGCAUCCCAUAUGGGCACUGGUUCAAACCUGGCUGCUCCACUUCUGAUCCAGCUCUGCUGUGGCCUGGGAAAGCAGAAGAUGGCCCAAAUCCUUGGGCCCCUGCACGCCUACAAGAGACCUAGAAGAAGCUUCUGGCUUUGGAUCAGCACAGCUCUGGCACAGCCAUGUGAGGAGUGAACCAGUGGAUGGAAGACCUCUCUCUGCCUUUCAAAUUAAUAAAUCUUUAAAAAAAUCCAAAGCAGACAAAGUGCAAGAAUAAAAGCAAGGCUUAUUUAAAGAGAUGGUACACACACUCAACUAAAUGUGGGCAACCUUGGAGGAGGAUCUAGCACCACCCCAGUUCAGUAACCCCCUUUAUCUUGUAAGAUGCAGUUCCCUAAUUUAAUACACAAAGGUGGUGGAAUUUGGGUGGGGUUAAGUGCUCCUGGUGAUCUCUGGGAAGGUUUUGUGGGUGGAGCUCAACACACCUGUUAAUUAUGGUGUCUUGUGGCUGGCACCGCAGCUCAGUAGGCUAAUCCUCCGCCUAGCGGCGCCAGCACACCGGGUUCUAGUCCCGGUCGGGGCGCCGGAUUCUGUCCCGGUUGCUCCUCUUCCAGGCCAGCUCUCUGCUGUGGCCUGGGAGUGCAGUGGAGGAUGGCCCAAGUGCUUGGGCCCUGCACCCCAUGGGAGACCAGGAGAAGCACCUGGCUCCUGCCUUCUGAUAGGCACUGCGCACCAGCCGCGGCGGCCAUUGGAGGGUGAACCAACGGCAAAGGAACACCUUUCUCUCUGUCUCUCUCACUGUCCACUCUGCCUGUCCAAAAAAAAAAAAAAAAAUUAUGGUGUCUUGUGAUGGCGGAGGCUCAGGUAUAUCAUGGGAUAGUGGGUAUGCUGAAUUUGCAGUGUGGGGUCUAUGUAGAGAGACUGCUGGAAGUCUCCAUGUCUUGUCGCUCACUGCCCAUUCAUCCCACAUCAUAUACAUUAUCGAUUUCCCUGACUGGUCCACUGAGGCUUAACUCCUACAGAAACAUUUACUUGGGGAAUGUGCCUAUUUGAGAAUGCAAGUUUAUCUACUCUUCACCCAGUAGACCUUUUUUUUUUUAAAAGAUUUAUUUAUUUGAAAGUUGGAGUGACAGAAAUAAAGUUUACCCAAACCAGUUCACUCCCCAAAUGGCCACAACACCUAGAGCUGGACCAGGCUGCUGAAGUCAGGAGCCAGGAACUCCAUCCAGGCCUCCCACGUGGGUGCAGGGGUCCAAGCACUUGGGCCACCUGCUGCUGCCUUCCCAGCCGUUAGCAGGGAGCUGGCUCAGAAGCAGAGCAGCUGGGAAGAAAAUCAGUGCUCCAGUAUGGGCUGGCAGUGGCACCCACUGUGCCACAGUCCCUGCUCUGACUUUUUUCUUUGGUUGUUGAGAUACAUAGAAACAUGUUUUAAAUGUUUAUAUCCUGAAGUCACUGCCUCUCCUCUAUGCAAAUGUUUGUAUUCUGAAAUCAGUGCCUCUACACUCCAAACUUAACUGUUUAACAAAUCUUAGUCAUUUGUCGGUGGAAGCUUUUUGUAUUUUUUUUUUUUACUUCAUCUUUGCUUUCUGAGUUUAUUUCCUUUAAAAAUUAUUUACUUACUUGAAGGAGCAACAGUCAGAUCUUCCAUUGGCUGGUUCACUCCUCAAAGGGCUAUAAUAGCAGAUCUGGGCCAGGCUGAAGUCAGGAGCCAGGAACUCCAUCCGGGUCUUCCACAUAAUCCGCAUGGGCCCAUCUUCUAGUGCCUUCUCCAGAGCAUUAGCAGGGAGCUGGAUUGGAAGUAGAGUAGGCAGGAUUAGAACUGGCCCUCUGAUAUGAGAUGUUGGCAUCCUUAGCAACGACUUAGUUCACUGCACCACAACACCCACUUUUAUCUUUAUAAGACUUAUUUAUUUGAAAUGCAGAGAUCGAUCGAUCUUCCAUUCACUGGUUCAUUCCCCAAAUGGUUUCAAUGUCCAGGGCUGGGCCAGGCUGAAGCCAGAAGCCAAGACCUCCAUCUGGUUCUUCCACAUGAGUGCAGGGGCCCAAAGUAAUUGGGCCAUCUUCCACUGCUUUCUUCAGUACAUUAGCAGCAAGCUGGAUCUGAAAUGGAGCAUCCAGGUCUGGAACCAGUGCUCAUAUGGGAUGUCGGUUUCACCUGCUGCACCACAAUGCCAGCCCCCACCCUGCCUUUUGACUUAAACACAACUGUUGGAGCAGACGUGAGAUGACAUGUCAUGGUGGUUUUGAUUUGCAUUUCCCUAAUAAUUAGUGAUGUUGAGUGGCUUUUCAUGUAACUGUUAGCCAUUGGUAUCUUUUUGGAGAAAUGUCUAUUAAUGUCCCCUGCCUAUUUUUCAAUUGGAUCAUUGUUGUAUGGAUGGAUGGAUGGAUGGAGUUCGUAAGCCAUGGUAUUUACUAGUAUAAGUUCCCUAUAUUUGGGGGGAUAUUAACCUUUUACCAGGUAAGUAGCUUGCAGAUGUUUUCUCCUAUUCUGUAGGUUUCCUUUGCUGGACAGGAACAUUGUUUGUAUGCCCACUUGUGAGGUUUUCCUUUUAUUACCUGUGCUUUUGGUGGCAUGUCCAAAAAAAAAAUUAUUACCAACACUAAUGUCUUAAGAGCUUUUUGCCUUUUUUUUUCCCCUGGAGGGAGAUUUAUGUUUUUUUAAGUAAAUUUUUAUUUAAUAUAAAUUUUAAAAGUACAACUUUUGGAUUAUAGCGGAUUUUCCCCCCAUAACUACCCUCCCACCCACAAACCAUCCCAUCUCCUACUCCCUCUCCCAUCCCAUUCUUCAUUAAGAUUUAUUUUUAAUUAUCUUUAUAUACAGAUGAUAGACUUAGUAUAUACCUCAGUCCCUCCUCCCCUCCCACUGUGUCUUCUGCCUUUCAAAUAAGCAAAAAUAAAUUUGAAAAAUUAAGUUAUAGGGGCUGGCACUGUGGCACAGCGGGUUGAAGCCACAGCCUGCAAUGCCAGCAUCCCAUGGGGCACAGGUUCAAGUCCUGGCUGCUCCACUUCCAAUCCAGCUCCCUGCUAACGUGCCUGGGGACACAGCAGAAGAUGGACCAAGUGCUUAGGCCCCUGCACCCAUGUGGGAAACCCAGAAGUUCCAGACUCCUGGAUUUAGCCUGGCCCAGCACCAGCUGUUGCAGGCAUUUGGGGAGUGAACCACACAAUGGAAGACAGAUCUCUGUCUCUCCUCUUUCUCUCUAUUUCUAUAACUCCAUCUUUGAAAUAGAUAAAUCUUUUUUUUUUAAUUGUAAAAUCUGUUUUUUAAAAGAUUUAUUUAUUUGAGAGACAGAGAGUUACAGAGAGGUGGAGGCAGAGAGAGAGAGAGUAGUCUUCGUCCCCUGGUUCAUUCCCCAAAUAGCUACAAUAGCCCGAGCUGGGCCAAUCAGAAGCCAGGAGCCAGGAGCUUCUGAGUCUUCCCACAUGGGUGCAGGGCCAUCUUCUGUUUUCCCAGGCCAUAGCAGAGAGCUGGAUUGGAAGAGGAGCAGCGAGAACUCAAACCGGCACCCAUGUGGAGUGCCAGCACUGCAGGCGGUGGCUUUACCUGCUAUGCCACAGCACCGGCCCCAAAUAAAUCCUUUUUAAAAAUUAAAUUAUAGAGAGGGUUCUGUGUGUGUUGAAGGACGUCGGCUGCGGAAUUUGAGGCUUCGAUUGAAAUCAUGGCAGGUCCAGAAACUGAUGCUCAAUUCCAGUUCACUGGUAUUAAAAAAUAUUUCAACUCUUACACUCUCACGGGAAGAAUGAAUUAUGUACUGGCUACAUAUGGAGGCAUUGCUUUGCUGGUCUUAUACUUCAAGUUAAGGUCUAAAAAAACUUCAGCUGUGAAAGCAACAUAAAUGGAUUAUAAAUUGUACCACAUCUGCUAAGUUCCCAUGCCUGGAGAAGCUAAUGUCAACUCAAUAUGUGGUAAUUCAAUUUGUACAAUAAAUUAUGAACCUGGAAAAAAAAAUUAAA